AUGUCCAGUUCCAACACAGACCAGGUUCAUGCACAAGCGCCCCCAGCCUGUGGCAACCCCAAAAAUGCUGCCCCCCUGCUCAGGGCAUAUAGUGCUGGAGCUAGAGACCAUUUCUACACGGCCAAUGUCGCAGAGCACCAGAACGCGGUCGCUAAACUCGGGUAUAGCGAAGAAGGAGUAACAGGAUAUAUAUUUUCAGACCUCGAAACCAACACGGUCCCGUUAUACAGGUUAUAUAGCAGCACUGCUACAGACCAUUUCUAUACCACCAGCGCAGCAGAACGAGACCAUGCCAAGAAGUUCGAUGGAUAUACCUUUGAUGAAGGAAUUACAGGAUAUGUUUACCCAGACGCAGCUUGUGGUGGCCUUCCGCUGUACCGCCUCUACAGCAGUGGAGCCACAGAUCAUUUCUACACCAUGUAUGCCGCCGAGCGUGAUAACGCCAGCAAUAAUUUGGGAUAUACCCAGGAGGGAAUUGUAGGCUAUAUUUUCCCCUACUGA